UCUGUUGGGAACUUUAAUGUACCAUUUUGCUUACAGUCAACCAGUAAACCACUAGUGUAUGCCCUGGUUCAAGAGGAAUUAAAUCAAGAAACAGUUCAUCAGUAUGUUGGCCAUGAACCCAGUGGGUUCACGUUCAAUGCCAUUUCUCUUGAUCCUGCAAAUAAACCACACAACCCAAUGAUAAAUGCUGGAGCCAUUCUGACCUGUUCUUUACUCAAGCAGAACAUGAAUCUUGCAGAUAGAUUUGAUUAUGUAACAAAGAUGUUUAAAAGAUUGACGGGUGGAGAAUAUCUGGCAUUCAAUAAUGCUGUGUUUUUAUCUGAGAGAGAAACAGCUGACCGCAAUUUUGCCUUGGGAUAUUAUAUGAGAGAAAAUAAGUGUUUUCCAGAGGGAACCAAUUUGAUGGAAACAUUGGAUUUUUAUUUCCAGCUUUGUUCAAUAGAAGCUGACUGUGAUUCUGCCUCUGUGAUAGCAGCUACUCUAGCUAAUGGAGGGGUGUGUCCUACGACAGGGGACAAGGUGUUUUCUACCAACUCUGUACGGAAUACUCUGUCAUUAAUGCAUUCCUGUGGCAUGUAUGACUACUCUGGAGGCUUUGCCUUUGAGGUUGGUUUACCUGCUAAGUCUGGUGUCUCAGGAUGUAUAAUGCUGGUUGUACCAAACGUAAUGGGUAUAUGUAUGUGGUCACCGCCAUUAGAUAAAUAUGGCAACAGUGUCAGAGGGAUACAGUUCUGUAAGGAUUUUGUUGAGAAAUUUAAUUUCCAUAAUUACGAUAGCUUAAUACAUUCUCCUAAGAAGUUUGACCCUAGAAUAAGGAAAGCAGAGUCUAGGGCCAAAGUUGUCGUUAAUCUGUUGUUUGGAGCUUACAAUGGAGACGUAACAGCUCUCAGAAGAUAUGCAUUAUUAGGUACUGAUAUGAACUUAGGAGAUUAUGAUGGAAGAACAGCUUUACAUGUUGGGGCUGCAGAGGGAAAUGAUACUGUUGUUAAGUUUCUGUUGGAGAAAUGUAAAGUUAACCCAUUCCCUAGAGACAGAUGGGGAUUUACACCACUUGAUGAUGCUGUAAGAUUUGGGCACACAGAAGUACAGAAAAUAUUAGAACCCUACACAGAGGAAGAUAAAGACAAUACAACUGUAGAUUCUUGAUGAAGGCUAUAAAUAGAAAUUCUUUAGACCAAUAGUUAGUUCCUGAAAUCUAAUGUCUGUUAAUGUAGUUAUUGGAAUUUAAUGACUGUUAACUUAAAAUUUAAUGAUUUAACAUAGUUCAUGAGAUUUAGAUUUAAUGAAUGUUAACAUAGUAUAUAAAAUUUAAUAAUUAAUCUUUAAGCUGAAUUACACCCAUGAAAACUGUGUUUUUCCGCUUGUUUUUAGCUCACCUGGCCCAAACGGCGUCCGUCGUCGUCCACAAACUUUUACAAAAAUCUUCUCCUCUGAAACUAAGAUGGCCACAACGGUUAAAAAUAGA